CGGGAACUUGUGGUGGUGGAGGUGUGUCGGUGCAGAUCACAUCAGUAGCUCUUUUAGAGGGGUUGAUAAGCAGACUUUGCAUUUUCGGAUUAAACCAUGGACCAAAAGGAAAACGGUACAUCACAGCUCAACGGAACACACUGUGAAGGUGCGAUGAAGAAGAGGCAGGACUAUCUGGAGUGGCCUGAAUAUUUCAUGGCAGUUGCAUUCUUAUCAGCACAGAGGAGCAAAGACCCUAAUUCUCAGGUUGGUGCCUGUAUCGUGAAUCAGGAGAAUAAGAUAGUAGGCAUUGGGUACAAUGGUAUGCCCAACGGUUGUGAUGAUGACCUGUUGCCCUGGUCUCGCAUCGCUGAUAACAAGCUGGACACGAAAUACCCCUAUGUGUGCCAUGCAGAGCUGAACGCCAUCAUGAAUAAGAACUCGGCCGAUGUUAAGGGCUGCACCAUGUAUGUGGCGCUUUUCCCCUGUAAUGAGUGCGCCAAACUCAUUAUUCAAGCAGGUAUAAAGGAUGUGAUCUAUUUGUCAGACAAAUACCAUGACAGUCCAGAAAUGACUGCAUCCAGACGGCUGCUUAACUUGGCGGGAAUCGCAUACAAGCAGUUCGAGCCAAAGAGAGGCCGGAUCGUCAUAGAUUUUGGUUCAAUCAACCACUCUGGAAUGAAUGGUAUCAAUGGUUUGGGGGGACCGCAGUCAACAUAGACAGAAGAAUGGGGAGGAUGACACUAAAUAUCCAAAACACAGACAUGUUAUCUUUCUUACCUAUGCUGGUGAUGGUCUAUGGUUUUUACAGUGGCCUUCUAUAUAGGCCAGUAGUGUACACUAUUGUUCUUUUAAUGUUUUAAUAAUAUUCCUGAAACAUGCAAACUUUUG